AUGUCAACUAAUAAUCGUGUCGAUAAAGUUGUUCCAGUUUUUCCAUGGUUUGGUAUGGAUAUUGGUGGAACAUUAGUUAAACUUGUUUAUUUUGAACCACUUGAUUUAACACCUGAUGAAAUUCGAACUGAAGGUGAAAUUUUAAUGAAUAUUCGUCAUUAUUUAACAUCAAAUCGUGCUUAUGGACAAGAUGGUGUACGUGAUCAUGCACUUGAAUUAAAUAAUAUACAAUUAGGUGGUCGUCGUGGAAAUCUUCAUUUUAUUCGUUUUCCAACAUCAAAAAUGCCCAAUUUUAUUGAUUUAUGUGCUAUGAGACAUUUACAUACAUUAACAUUUGAAAUAUUUGCAACAGGUGGUGGUGCUUAUAAAUUUGAAAAAGAUAUUGUUGAAAAAUUAAAAAUAAGUUGGUGUAAAUGUGAUGAACUUGAUACAUUAAUAAAAGGUUUAAGUUAUUUAAGUAAACUUAAUCUAAAAGAAUGUUUCUAUUAUGAAGAACCACAAAAUGAUGCUAAUCCAAAUAAACAUCCAUUUAUAUUUGAUACAAAACGUCCAUUUCUUUUAGUUAAUAUUGGUAGUGGUAUUAGUAUUUUACAUGUUGAUUCUGAAAGAAAUUAUCGACGUAUAACUGGUACAAGUAUAGGUGGUGGUACAUUUUUAGGUUUAUCUUGUUUAUUAACAGGAUGUUCAAGUUAUGAUGAAGCUAUUCAAUUAGCUACUGAAGGAGAUAGUACAAAAGUUGAUAAAUUAGUUAAAGAUAUAUAUGGUGGUGAUUAUGAAAGAUUCGGUUUACCUGGUCAUAUUGUAGCUAGCAGUUUCGGUCAUAUGAAUUUACCGGAAAAACGUGAACAAACAACCAAAGCUGAUUUAGCUCGAGCUACAUUAGUAACAGUUUUAAAUAAUAUUGCUUCAAUUUCAAUGAUGUGUGCUCGAACUGAAAAUGUUGAUCGAAUAUUAUUCAGUGGUAGUUUUUUACGUAUUAAUGAUUUAUCAAUGCGAAUAUUAGCUUAUGCUAUGGAUUAUUGGUCUAGUGGUCAAAUUAAAGCUAUAUUUCUUGAACAUGAAGGUUAUUUUAGUGCUGUUGGUUGUUUAAGAAAAUUUAUUAUGGAUGCAAAUGGUUAUGAACAUGAUCACAUUCAUUCCUUGCAACAUUGA